AUGUGGAACCAAACCAAGAUAACCGAAUUCAUCCUCAUGGGAUUCGUCUACCCCCGCCAUCUAGAAUGCCUCAUGGCUGCUGGCUUCCUGGCCUCUUACCUGCUGAUCUUGUCUGGCAAUAUCAUGAUCAUCGCCAUCAUCCUCUUAGACCGUCACCUCCACAGCCCCAUGCACUUCUUCCUCUGGAACCUCUCCUGUUUGGAGAUCCUUUUUACAUCUUCUGUCCUACCCAAGGUGAUUGUCAGCUUCCUGACGGGUGACAGGUCCAUCUCCUACCUGGCUUGUAUCACUCAGUGCUACUUCUACUUCUUUCUGGGCUGCAGCGAGUUUGUCCUGCUGGCCGUUAUGUCCUAUGACCGCUACGUGGCCAUCUGCAACCCACUGCACUACACCAUGGUCAUGAAUGCUCAGCUCUGCUUCCAGCUCGUGGUGGGGUCGUGGGUAACGGGGUUCCUGGUCACCAUCAUCCACAUCAUCCUGAUCAUCACCCUGCCCUUCUGCAAUGCCAACCAGAUCGACCACUUCUUCUGCGACAGCUUGGCCUUGGUCAAGCUGUCAUGUGUGGACACGAGCUUUGUGGAGCUGCUGAGUUUCAUGACCUCCUCCGCCAUCCUCCUGGGCUCCUUGAUCCUGACGGUGGUGUCUUAUACCUACAUUGUUGCCACCAUCUUCAGGAUAACCUCCCUCUCAGGACGCAAGAAGGCUUUCUCCACCUGCUCCUCCCACUUCAUCAUCAUCACCAUGGGCUACGGCAGCUGCAUCUUCAUGUAUGUCCGGCCUUCGGGCAGCGACACCUCGCUCAACAAGCUGGUGGCCCUGCUCAACACAGUGGUGACCCCUCUCAUGAGCCCCUUUAUCUUCAGCAUGAGGAACCAGCAGAUGAAAGAUUCCCUGAGGGCUGCCUUGAAGAGAAGCAUGAACUUCUCAAGGAAGCAUAUUAACUUCUGAAUGGGUUUUGUGAGGGGAAAAGAAGGGGAAGUUAAACAAGAGUAAUAGUUAUAGUACUCUCCUAAGAUAUAGUACUCUCCUAAGAAGUGGUAGUUCCCUGUUCAAAUCCCUUUUCUCCUAAGGCAGAGUGGGAAAUUGAAGCUGGGUCUUCUGCUUCCUAGUUGAGUAUCCAAAUGACUGAGCUAAGAGUGAUGAAUGAGUCAUUCUUCUCACGCUUCAGUCCUCUUGCGAUAAACACCUUUGGUGCCUGACCCCAAGAAAGCUGACAGAUAGGCACCUCCCUGGAAUCUCCCAUUGGCUAGCAUAGAU